AACAGUUAACAGUUGACCCUCCAAGUCAAUGAAUUGGGUGCAUAUAUGAGCCACUUAUGCAUUCGCAUUCCCAUUCGCAUUCACAUAAUAAAUUGUUCAAUUCCUUCAACCCUUUAGAAAUUGAAAACCAAGCUUGAAAACAUUUCUUCCUUUUACACACCAUAUAUGUAAAUACCAUGGUUCUCGACGAAGCUUCAUCGUUUGAAACCAACGAGGAUCUGGCCACGUGUCUCGCAACGAGUCCGAUAAUAUCGGAGUCAUGGAGGCUGUGCAGCGUGGCCAACGCCACGGCGGCACGGAGUUUCGUGGCAGAAAGUGGCGGCAGCGACGGAGGAGUGGUGUACGUGGCUUUAUCGGGGGUUCAGAUGGCGGAGGGGACGGAAUCUAGCUGGAGAAGGUUGGUGGCGUUAGAGAGCAUCGGAGGAGAAUCGCUGUUCAGUAUGCAUCGGAAAGGGGAGGAGGAGGAGGCUGUUAUGGUGCACGCCGCCAUCUUCGAUCUCUUUUCCUCUUUCUUCGUCUCUUUCCGCAACCAGGUAAAUUGCUGACGCUGCAAAAUGAUCUUCAAACUGCUUUGCUAGCUCCUGGAAGCGAAAAAUAGAAUCUGCAGGCAAAGAGCAAAACCAGUCAAGUGCGAGUCCAUCUAAAAAGGAAGGAAAACAACGACAUAAAAUGGGGUCGGAUGCCCCAUUGACGAUCAUAAUAGAUCGGAAUUUUUUAAUGUGCUGCUUAGGAUCCCCUAGCCCGUCGUAGGGAGUUAGCGUUGUCGGCAGCGUGAAUUGUCUGGGCAGUUGAAAAUUCAUAAUGUCAGUCGUAAAAGGUCUUGCCGAGUUGUCGGGCUGGUCAUUCUCGUCCUCGGGUAUUGCCUCCUCGUUCCGAUGAUCAGCGUCAUCGUCUUGAGGUGUCUCCGAGACAUGAGUCGGUUCGGACCAUUGGUCAUCAUUUUCCUGCCGCUCACGACGAUUAUUGUUAUGUUCCAGUCGAGCGUUAGCCAAUUGUUGAAUCUGUUGUUGCAUUCUUUGGUUUUCUUCUGUCAUGCGCUGGUUUGCUUCAGCCAUACGUUGAUUCGCCUGCUGGAGCUCAGUUACCAUCCGGAGAAGCUCGGACGGGGUGGGGGGAGGGGCAUCGGCCAUCGUCAAAUGUUAGGGUUUCAAGAGCUCGCGAAAAGAAAUUUCACACGAGGCCCUCCUUCUAGCGCCAAUCUGUUCUUGCCUGAGCGAAUGGAGGUAUAACUCGGCUCUUGACGAAGGUCGGUGAUCCUUCCCUGAAAAGUGUGGUAUACGUCGGUUGACUGGAGCGGGGAGGUUGAGUACCUGCAAAUGCACUCUGAUGCUUAAGUUAGCAGAGUGAUAUAGGUGUAUGAAUAUUCUUCUUUCAUAAAAAGAUGAUCUUACCUUUGGUUGUUUCCUCGUCCCUUUAUACCGUGUGGACGAGGUUGUAACGCCUGAGGAGAGGAUUGAUUACAUAUCCGACGUUAUCAAUUAGAGAUUAAUGCUGUCCUUCAAAAAGGUCGGUUAUAAUUGAAGAUUUUGCAUUUUCGAGCUAUAACUCGUAACCGAUGUUUACUGGUCAUAUCAAUAUGCAACUCCAACUCAACCAAAGCCUCUACCAUAGCUAAUCCAUGUCACCAAUCAUACUUUGUUCUCUUUUGAAAUCAAUCAAGUUUGUAAAGAGAAGGAGGAAUUUUUUUUUUAUUAAAGAAAAGGAAUUUGAAUUGGAGUUGAGCACCUCAAAAACAGCUUUUUCAUUAUUGUGUUUAACUGUUUUAUACUUUUAUUCAAGAAAUUCUCAACUUUUUCUAGGUCGUUAUUAAUUAUUAUAUUCCAUGUAUGCUACAAAAUAACAAAAUAGCAAAAUAAUAAUAAUAAAAGGCACAAAAAGAUAGAACUUUGCCUUAUGGCCCAUUCUAGUAGAUGAUAAAAGCAAAAAAUAAUUGAAGUCCUA